ACCGAGUGGUCGGCAAGCCAAGAAUCAAGUCGCCGUCAACAUAAACCGUCGGACAAUCCAAACCGUUUAGUAGGCGUUGCAUUCGGUUUACCUGAGGUUUCGAUUCAAAAACGCGUCGCGAUUUGUUGCGAAAAAGCCUCGAGUCGAUUAAACGACAUCACGAAAAUCUGAAAGGUGGGUACAAUGACCGUUGACCCCGUAAGGGGUCAACCUCUAAUUCGGCAUGUCCAACUGGCACGGGGACUAUCUGAGACAGUGUCAGGCCUGUCCUAAUACCUGCAUCCACGGCGACUCUUAUAAAAGAUCGAUGGCGGUAAGCAGUCCGCUACGUUACGGCAUGCGAAAGGGGGCGGUAAGUCCGCCGCCGCCCGGAGCGGGUCCGCGGUACCGUUCGCAGUGUUGUUGGUUGCCUACAUCGGCGUGCGGCGGCGGCGUCGACGGAACCGUCCACGACUUCGUCAUGGGCCGCGAUUUCACAGCAACGUUAUCCCGUCUCCCGAAAGCGGCACCUAUUAAUAGCGUGGAUAUAAUUAGUUGCGCAAAUAGGACGGAGGAUGUUGUCGCUACGUCAGACCAGACGUCGAACGUUUCAGUACGCGAUCAUGUUCUUUACCCUGGAACGUGCCUGUUGAAGAAACGUUGCGUUCUAGCCAGGCCUCCGGUGUGUGCCCGUUUAGCCGAAUACGGUGAAGGCAACGGUAUCAAGGAGGACCAUAUCAUCCUGGACCGGCUCCCCAGGUUCCGCUUCGGCGGAAACCGCGCGGAAAAACGAGGCAACGACAAAUUUCGGGAGCUGAGCGAACGUUUGAAACGGGGAACGGUACCGGUACCGCCUCCGAGGACCAGACAUUCGAAAACGACGCCCCCUAUAUCGCCGUCCGCUUCGCAAGAUGAAUCGACGCCCGUCAAAUGCGACGUUAGGGUGGUACCGUUGAGGAGUGCGUCGUUUUCCCAAGUCGAUUAUUGUCCGGACGAUAAUAAAUACAUCAGGAGGAAAUCGGACGAGAAUGAACAAGCCAGCCCGACGACGAACACAUUGCCUCGACCGAAAAACGUAGGCCGAUCGGCGGCAGUUCCGAGUAAACAAGACGCGUUUACGUCAACGCGGCCGGAGUCAAAUGUAGACGACGUCAGAGAAACGAACGCGGACAUACCGGAGGUUCAGAUCACACCGGAAAGUCCGGAAAAAACGACGGUACGGACGCAGAACAAUACGAAUUGUAGCCAAGACAGGCGACGCGACAAAUCGAGAAGAAGGAAAGGGAUAUACUUAUCCCAGUGGCCUGCCGAGUACCAUUCGGGCGACGACGAUGUCAUCCUCAAUAAAUACGAAGAAGAGGACGCCGUUUGCGGUUGCGAUGAAACGGACAAGGUAAUUCAGGAGACUCUGUUAGAAAGCGGAACCAAAGGCUGCAGUAGUCCGCCGGAAGAACCGUUAAGCCCUGACGAGGGCAGCAUUUGCCUCGAAUGGCCGUCAGUUUACACCAAAAAGUUCCUCUCGCAGUGCCCGGAGGAGAAGGAUUCGUUUAAAAUCUCGGUUUCCAGAAGCGACAGCAUAUUGCGUUCCGAUUCUUUAUCGGAAGGUGAACCGGAACUGAGCGAACGAAGAUCUGAUCAGAUUUCUUUCGUACCGUCCGACUUAUCCGAUUGCGAAGGUAGAUCAAGCACCAACAUCGAAACUACCAGUCCGCCGAUCCCUCGAAGGUAUUCCAAGAGACCCUUGAGGGGACCGUACGGCCAAAUGUUGGAAGCCGAGAUGAAAAAACCCGAUUGCAAAAAGAACGUUAGCAACGAUUUGAAGUUUUUAGACGAUUUGUCGUCGGGUUCGGUUAACGCGGGUAAAUCCAAACAGACGCGAUAUCGUAGUUCUUGCAACAGCUCUAUCGACGACACUUCGCCGGUUAAAAGCCAACAGAAUACUCCUAAACAGCAACAGGCGGCCAAUAAACGCAAAGUUAGUGCGGAUAGUUUAAUCGUAGAACCUGCCGAUCAAAAAUUAGUGCCGAAUCAUCAGAGGACAACUUCGAGUCCUUCAAAACUAGAGGGACUGACGAAGACGGAAGUGACGAGUGAGUUAUUGGAACAACUUUUGCGAGGAAGUUCCGAGGAACUGAUCUCUAAGAAGACGGGGCAACAACAGCAGGACGAUACAAGAACUCAUGUGCUAAUCGAGCUGUACGACAAUGAAAGAAGCUACGUCGAGUCAUUAGAGAUAAUCGCGACGAAUUAUUGGGAACCGCUCAAAAAGCCCGAAAAUUCUUUCCUGCUAGAAUCUAACUUGGUGGAAGAAAUUUUUUCGCAAAUACCUUUUCUAUUAAAUCAUCACAAAAACUUUCUGAUGCAACUGAAAAGUAGGCUCGAGCACUGGGACAGCAGGCAAAUCAUCGGAGAUGUAUUUUUGGAAAUGUUUUCACAAUCCGAAGUAAUCGACAACUACACCACCUACGUGAACAAUUGGAAACGUUCCAGAGACAUCAUCAAAAGCGCUCAACAGUCCAAGCCAGCAUUCGGCAGAUUUCUUGAGGCUACGGCGAGGCAACACAUUAGGAAGUUGGCGCUAGAUUCUUUGCUAAUUAAACCGAUUCAAAAAUUUCCCAAAUACGAACUUUUACUUCAAAGACUGAUCAAACAUACGAACGAAACUCAUCCGGACUACAAGUUACUUUUAGAGGCCCAGAAGCAGGUGCACGAGCAGUUGUUAAAAAUCAAUUGCACUGAGAAAGAAGCUUUAGAUAUGGAAAGACUUCGGGAACUCGAGAGUCUUAUCGAAGGAGUUUUGGAUCUGGUGGCACCGGACAGACAAUACAUCAGACACGAUAUGGUGAUCAUGUCUCACGGUGGCGGACCUAGGAAAGAAAGGGCCGUGUUCCUAUUUACCGACUUGCUAUUAAUCGCGGGCAUCAAAAGACGCAGCGGCCCGAUAAACAAAAAAAACAACACCGUCCCCAACAACUCCAACAGUUUGGAGGGCAACAAAUAUAAACUAAUGAUGAAAGUGCUGCUCGAAGACGUGGAAAUUAUUCGCUCGAAAGACGACAAUUUGAAACAAAUUCAGAUUAUAAUGGAUGAUCUCAACGAGGACAUAUCGGUUCUAAAUCAAAUUACGGAACUUAGUUGGACGUUGCAUUGUUCCCACGCGCAGCUGGACGAGCUGGUCAAAGAGAUGCUGGGGAAUUUGAAUAAACGACUUCACGAACAACAGAAUAGCGAUGUACAAUUAUCCGUUCUGGAUCUCACAGUAUUAACUCAAAACGGCAUCGAAAAUAUAUCGAUAGUGUUCCCAAAAGCGGAAAUUAGAACAUCGUGGGAAGAAACACUCCUGGACGCGAAAACUAAAUUGUUAUUGACCGGCGAUAGACGACCGACUCCGGAAAUGAUGGCUACGGUACCGAUUCGCAAAACCAGGGCCGGAUUGCAAUUCACUUGUGCUGCUCCGACUUUGAGUGAAAAUGGCCGAGACGUAUGGGUGUGUAAUAGCGACGGUUACGUAGGACAAGUCUGCGUUUUGACAUUAAACGAAAAGCCGGAACCGACAGUCACUUCCUGCAACGGAGUCUGCAAUACCAGGAUACUUUGCAUAGCGUCCGUUCCAGGACCGGGUUUGGGCAACAGGUUAAAUCCGUUUUCGUCCAUCAAAAAUCGCGACAAACUCCAGCAACAAAAAGCAAUGCAGUUCGAUAGUAGCUCAUCUAGCGACGACGAUGAUAAUUACGAAGAAGAAACUCAUAAACAUGCCGAUCGAUCGGAAUCGAGCAGCAUCCAUAUGGAAGAAUAUGACAAGCUGUCGACGAUGUGGUUGGGCACAGAAGAUGGAUGCAUCCACAUUUUUAAUUCGAAUGACAAUAUUCGCAUCAAAAAAAACAAAAUCAAACUUCAACUAGGCGGGUCCGUACUGAGCUUGAUAUAUUUGGACAAUCGGGUAUUUGCCUCUCUUGGGAAUGGAUACAUAUCAAUUUUCGACAGAGAUAGCAAAGGCGGUUGGAAUACAAACUCGCCCCAAACGAUGAGCCUCGGCACCAUUAGCACGCCAAUUUCCAAAAUGGUGGUGUUCAACUCGAAAAUUUACUGCGCUUUCGGCAACACUGUUCUAGUGUUCAAUCCUCAGACGCUGGAAAAGGAAAACAGUUUCGCGGUCAGCAACGAACCUAGCAAGUCGAUCUCGUGUUUGCUGGUGAGCGGGAACGCUCUGUGGGUGUCUUUGCAGAACGCAGCCAUUAUAAAAUGUUAUCAUGCGAUUUCUUUCGAAUUUCUAUGCGAGACCAACGUGGCACCGGCCGUUACUAAAAUGCUUACGAGUGGGUUCUCGAGCCUCGCAUCGAGGAAUCGGUUAAUCCAAGAUGACGUUUUAGGUUGCGACGAUAUCAUUCGUCAACAUAAGGCCGCUUGUCUUCGAGUAACCGCUUUGGUGCACUGCAAAGAUCUGUUGUGGAUCGGAACUUCGGCCGGCGUACUGCUGACAAUGCCGUUGCCGCACGUAACUCCAUCGACCACAAAGUUACAUUCAGUUCCGGCUGCCAAUGGGGUACCUCACGGCCAUACCGGACACGUGAGAAUUUUAACAUCGGUCGAGAUGCCAUAUCCCAUCAUAAGGAAAGGCACGCCGUUAAAAAAAUCGAUGAAACUCAAAUGCCACGACCAUCAUAUCGCGAAAACUACCAAGUUCUUGGUCAUAUCUGGCGGCGACGGCUACGAAGACUUCAGAACUUCGAAUAUAUCCGAAGUGGCCGGCCGUGAGGAUUCCACCAACCAUCUUCUGUUGUGGAACAUUUGAUUCGCAAGUAAACCCAGUAUAGGUUCUUUUCCGCCGCCUUUCGUUCAAGAGUAUUUAGUCUAAUUGUGGUCCAGCAGGGUAUAAAGUACAUUUCUCAAACGCCAUCUUUGAAUUCCACGGUGUUGAAAAUAUAAUAUUGCAAGUCUUUUUGUAAAAUGUUGAAUGUUGAAACCAGAUUAGUAUAUUUAUAUAUAUACACAUAUAAUAUAUAUCAGAUGUUUAAUGUUUUGAAUGGCGAGUACAACAAUAUAUAUAAAUGUUACCAUCGCAGAAACACACUUUAUGGUCAAUUAGCGAUUUUUUUAAAAAAUAUAUUUCUCUACUAUUUACAUAUCACGCAGUCAGAGAACAAAGUGAAGAUUUGUACAUAUUUAUACGAAAAAAUUGUUCCCCUACAUUUUUUGAAACGAGUCUUAUAUCAAAUGGCAGAAAUUGAAACCGACGUGUGAUUUUGAUUUAAAUGAAACCCAAAAUCGAUAAGGGUUAUUGUUAAGCUGACACUCUAUGUAUAUCAACGUUGUAUGUGGUCAAUGCAGCUUAAUCAGUAUUUGUUAUGUAUAAAAACUUGGCCUAAGGAAAGCAGGGAGGGCGAAUUUGAACUGCGUUCAAAUGAAAAUCCGCUGUGGUAAUAUUUUAAAAAGUUUUUUUACCUUUGAAUAUCCGCACUCGGCUACCUGGGCGUUGUGAUAUAUCAUCUUUUACUUACACUAUACUUAUAUAUACAUUUGUGAGGCGUUGUUUUAAAUAAUUAAAAUUAAAUAAAAAAGACAGUUUCAUCCACGUAAUUACCGCAGCGGUGAUAAACUCGGUUGUUUUGAGUGAUAAAUGCAUUUCUUAAAAUGUGUGAUAGUACUUAUAGGCAACAGUUAUAGCUGUUUUAAAUGGAUUAAAGUGUUAGUAGUGUUCCCUUUUUUUUUGUUAACUUUUUAAUUUGUGCCCAAAUUUGUCGUUCCUAUGUAAAUCAUUGCAGAUGUUCAUUGGAUUCUAUGUCAAUCGCAUGCAGUAGGUGUUAGGUUGUCCGUUUUAUUUAUUUUUUACACUCUUUCGUUGCUUCCAUUAUUUGAAUAAUUACGAUGCCGCAAAUGAAUCGUUUUGAUUAACGCGAAUAACGAAUUUUCAAUCGUUUAUUGUAAGUUCCGUCGAAUUAAUUAAGCCACAUUUAGAUUUCUAUUUGCUCAAAAUUCUUCAACAAAAUAGCAAAAGAAGCUCCUUAAUUUUAUAAAAGUCGUUA